CCGUUCCUGGGCACACGGACGGCCACAGCUACCCAGAAGCCACACACCUGGACAGCAGAGGAUGCAUGUGUUUCGCGGCGUCGUCUGCGUGGCUGGCGCACGCGGGGCAACGCAUGUGUGCAUCUGUCGUGGCCAUUGUUGCACCUGAUACGUUUCAGGUGCCGGCGGCGCCUCCGGCGGCGCCUCCGGCGGCGCCUCCGGCGGCGCCUCCGGCAGCGCUCAUCCCCGUGUGAUGGUGCUGCUCGUGCAGCCAAUCUCCCGAAGCACGAAGCUCGUUCUAUUGAGCGCUGUCGAGUGUGCAACUAGGACCGUACGUUCGUGCGCAAGCUAGGCGAUGGGCGGAGCGCUCCGCGGUGUUCGAGACACAUGAUUUCGGUAGCGCAAGGGCACGAACGCCGCCGCCAUCACCGCCGACCGCACCUUGGUUUGCAUGACCGGCCGUUGGGCCGAGCGCUUUGCGAGAGGAGCUUCAUACGCGAAGCCAAUCAAGCCCAGCCACCAGGGCUGCCGUCGCCCGCACCAUGACCUCCCUGCGUUGAGGACUACUACCAAACUCUGGCAGCACUUUCGGCCACUAGUGCAACCUCAACACGGGCGGGCUGGGGCGGGCACGGCGGACUUGGUGGGGUUAUCGGGAGCUGCGAGGCCGGAGCUAGGAGGCCGCUGAGGGCCACGAUUGAGUUGCUAGGCCGCUUGAGGCAUGAGUGGAGGCUAUUGUCGGUUUUGAGAGAUUGGGAUUCUCGUCUGGGGCCGUGGCGGUUUGUAACGCUACACGGCAGUAAGGAGUCAAUAAGCGCUGACUUAUCGCAGCGCAGUGGAGAUAAGUCUAGUUAUUGCGACGUAACUGCCGUGUUGCGUUAAAGUCACGCACGGUGCAGGACGCUCGGGUACGUGCCUGCAUGGGGCCGGACCGAGCUGGGUCUUGUAGGCGUCAGGAGCACACGGCGCUUUAUCUGCCGUUGUGCUUCUGUACUGUAUUAUCGGAUCGUCCCUCUGCCGGGACGGUGACAACCCACCCGCCCCCCCUGGCGCCGCCGCGGAUUAAUGUGGUGGUACCCGUGGGCGCCGCGGCGUGGUUGUCUGGACUCUGCCGUUAGGCGCUACGUGCAUGCGACACACCCAGUGCUGGCAGCACUUUCGGCCACUAGUGCAACCUCAACACGGGCGGGCUGGGGCGGGCACGGCGGACUUGGUGGGGUUAUCGGGAGCUGCGAGGCCGGAGCUAGGAGGCCGCUGAGGGCCACGAUUGAGUUGCUAGGCCGCUUGAGGCAUGAGUGGAGGCUAUUGUCGGUUUUGAGAGAUUGGGAUUCUCGUCUGGGGCCGUGGCGGUUUGUAACGCUACACGGCAGUAAGGAGUCAAUAAAGAGCGCCUCGCAUUUGGGGGCGGUAUGGCGCUCUGAUGGCGCAUUGCGAGAGCCGCAACUGCUGGUGUAAGAUACUGUACUG